UUGACAUUAUACGAAAAGAAGUCGGUCCUUGUGAACCGUGAACUCGAUCUGAUGGGAAUGGGCCACUACCAACACUUAAUCUUCCUGCUCUGCGGCCUGGGAUACUUUCUGGAUCUCUUGUAUGCGCAGGUGUUCAGUCUGGUCGCAGGACCGAUUAGGGCCGAGAUGGGCGUGAAGGAGGCGGAUAUUGGGUGGUUGUAUGCGAGCUUCAAUGCGGGACUGAUGGCGGGCGCGAUGGGAUGGGGGAUGGCCGUUGAUGUGAUUGGGAGAAGAUGGUGCUUCAAUCUGACCUGCCUAAUCUCCACAGUCUUUGGCUUCCUCUUCGCUCUCCCGUCGAGCUUUCCUUCCCUCUGCGUACUUUCCGCAGGCGUUGGGAUUGGAGUUGGCGGCAAUAUCCCUAUCGACGCUACAAUCGUCCUCGAGUUCCUGCCCAAAAACAGGCGAUACCUCCUCGCGGCGCUAAGUACGUUCCAGCCGCUCGGUACAGUCGCUGCGUCUUUGAUCGCAUGGGCCAUCAUUCCCGGCUGGAGCUGUCCUCAAACCUCGGGCUCACCGUGCCCAAAAGCGGAUAAUAUGGGCUGGCGCUACACCAUCCUCACCAUCGCCUUCAUCACAGCCUUUAUCUUCCUCGCUCGAUUCGCCGUCUUCAAGUUUCGCGAAUCACCCAAAUUCCUCCUUUCGACAGGACACGACGCGCACGCCUUGGACGUCCUAUACGCGAUCGCCGUCUUCAACGGGACACCCCUACCCGCGCUGAGUCUGGAAGACUUUCAAGCAUUGGAGUAUGUGGAGUGGCGGAAAGACGUCAAGGUUAGGGAUGUGGAGCAGCAAAUGGAGGCUGAGCCAAAGACCACUCGGGGUUGGAAGAGCAAGCUGGGCGGACUGGAAAAGUACGUCGGGCAUCUAGGCGGGAUGUUUCGGAGUCGCGUAUAUGCGUAUCUGUUUGUGGUUCUGGCCAUUGCGUACAUGUCGCUCUUCUUCUCAUUCUCGAUUGCCGGGGGGUUUCUGCCGCUCAUCCUCGCGGCGAGGGGCGUGGAGAUGGAAAUGAGCCAGUCGCAGACGUACCGAUCCUACGUGUCGAUCUACCUACCCGGAGUGACCGCGACUUGGGCUGCUGCAUACGCGAUGGACCUUCCGAAAAUCGGCAGGAAAUGGGCAAUGGUCUUUGCCGCAGGUCUGAUGGGCGCAUCCCUCUUCCUCUACCAGCUCGUCAACUCCAUCCCCGCCAAUAUCGCUUUCAACGCCCUCGAAUACUGGUGUCAGUCCCUGUACUCGGCGCUACUAUACGCCUACACGCCCGAGGCGUUUCCGGCAACCUAUCGAGGGAGUGCGAGCGGGAUGCUGUCGACUCUCGGCAGAGUGGCCGGGAUUGUCGCGCCUGUUGUGGCCGGGAGGGUGUAUACUGGCGGAGACUCGCCGGGGGUGCUGUAUCUCGCUGGAGGGGCUGCUUGGAUGUCCAUGUUGGCUAUCGCGUGUCUUCCUUUCGAUACCCGGGGAAAGGAGGCGUACUAG